AUGAGGGCCGUGUUGACGUGGAGAGAUAAAGUCGAGCAGUGUGUAUAUGACCUCGCGUUCAAGCCUGAUGGAACCCAACUGAUUUUGGCUGCAGGAAACAGAUUACUGGUUUAUGACACAUCUGAUGGCACCUUGCUUCAGCCCCUAAAGGGACACAAGGACACCGUAUACUGUGUGGCAUAUGCGAAGGACGGCAAACGCUUUGCUUCUGGAUCGGCUGACAAAAGCGUUAUAAUCUGGACGUCAAAAUUGGAAGGCAUUCUGAAGUACACGCACAACGACUCCAUCCAGUGUGUCUCCUACAACCCCAUCACCCACCAGCUGGCAUCCUGUUCCUCCAGCGACAUCGGCUUAUGGUCCCCUGAGCAGAAGUCUGUCUCCAAGCACAAGUCCAGCGGCAAGGUCACCUGCUGCAGCUGGACCAACGACGGGCAGUACCUGGCCCUGGGGAUGUUCAACGGGGUCGUCAGCAUCCGCAACAAGAGCGGCGAGGAGAAGGUGAAGAUCGAGCGGCCGGGGGGCUCCCUCGCCCCCAUCUGGUCCAUCUGCUGGAACCCGUCCAGAGAGGAACGUAAUGACAUCCUGGCUGUAGCUGACUGGGGACAGAAGCUUUCCUUCUACCAGCUGAGUGGAAAACAGAUCGGGAAGGACCACUCCCUGAACUUCGACCCCUGCUGCAUCAGCUACUUUACUAAAGGGGAGUACAUUUUGCUGGGGGGGUCAGACAAGCAAGCGUCCCUUUUCACCAAGGACGGCGUGCGGCUCGGGGCCAUUGGGGAGCAGACCUCCUGGGUGUGGACGUGUAAAGUGAAGCCCGACUCCAACUACGUGGUGGUGGGCUGCCAGGAUGGCACCGUUUCCUUCUACCAGCUGAUUUUCAGCACAGUCCACGGGCUCUACAAGGACCGCUACGCCUACAGGGAUAGCAUGACGGAUGUCAUCGUGCAGCACCUGAUCACCGAGCAGAAAGUUCGGAUUAAAUGCAAAGAACUUGUCAAGAAAAUUGCCAUCUACAAGAAUCGAUUAGCGAUCCAGCUGCCUGAAAAGAUCCUUGUCUACGAGCUGUACUCUGAGGACUCGCUGGACAUGCGCUACCGGGUGAAGGAGAAGAUUGCCAGGAAGUUCGAGUGCAACCUCCUGGUGGUGUGUGCCAGCCACAUCAUCCUCUGUCAGGAGAGGCGGCUGCAGUGCCUGUCCUUCAGUGGCGUGAAGGAGCGGGAGUGGCAGAUGGAGUCUCUCAUUCGCUACAUUAAGGUGAUCGGCGGCCCCCCAGGAAGGGAGGGUCUGUUGGUCGGCCUGAAGAACGGACAGAUCCUCAAGAUCUUUGUGGACAAUCUCUUCGCCAUCAUCCUGCUGAAGCAGGCCACUGCCGUGCGCUGCCUGGACAUGAGCGCCUCCCGCAACAAGUUGGCCGUGGUGGACGAGAAUGACAUGUGCCUGGUGUACGACAUCCACACCAAGGAGCUGCUCUUCCAGGAGCCGAAUGCCAACAGUGUGGCCUGGAACACCCAGUGUGAGGACAUGCUCUGCUUCUCGGGCGGCGGCUACCUCAACAUCAAGGCCAGCACCUUCCCGGUGCACCAGCAGAAGCUGCAGGGCUUCGUGGUCGGCUACAACGGCUCCAAGAUCUUCUGCCUCCACGUCUUCUCCAUGUCGGCCGUGGAGGUGCCACAGUCCGCACCAAUGUACCAGUACCUGGACAGGAAGAUGUUCCGAGAAGCCUACCAGAUCGCCUGCUUGGGCGUGACAGACACUGACUGGCGCGAGCUGGCCAUGGAAGCCCUGGAAGGACUGGAGUUUGAGACAGCAAAGAAGGCCUUCACCAGAGUACAAGACCUCCGUUAUUUAGAGCUCAUCAGCAGCAUUGAGGAGCGGAAGAAGCGGGGAGAGACCAACAAUGACCUGUUUCUGGCAGAUGUGUUUUCCUACCAGGGGAAGUUCCACGAGGCCGCCAAACUGUACAAGAGGAGCGGGCACGAGAACCUCGCGCUCGACAUGUACACGGACCUGCGCAUGUUCGAGUACGCCAAGGAUUUCCUUGGAUCUGAAGACCCCAAAGAAACAAAGAUGCUAAUCACCAAACAGGCCGACUGGGCUCGAAACAUCAAUGAGCCCAAAGCUGCCGUGGAGAUGUACAUCUCGGCGGGCGAGCACCGCAAGGCCAUCGAGAUCAGCGGCGACCACGGCUGGGUUGACAUGCUCAUCGAGAUUGCCCGCAAGCUGGACAGGGCCGAGCGGGAGCCGCUGCUGCUGUGUGCUCACUUCUUCAAGAAGCUGGAUAACCCUGGCUACGCUGCGGAGACCUACCUGAAGAUUGGCGACCUCAAGUCCUUGGUUCAGCUGCACGUGGAGACCCAGCGCUGGGACGAGGCCUUCGCCUUGGGUGAGAAGCACCCCGAGUUUAAGGAUGACAUCUACGUGCCCUAUGCUCAGUGGCUCGCAGAGAACGAUCGUUUUGAGGAAGCCCAGAAAGCGUUCCACAAGGCUGGGCGGCAGGGCGAGGCGGUCCGGGUGCUGGAGCAGCUCACGCAUAACGCUGUGGUCGAGAGCAGGUUUAAUGACGCUGCCUAUUAUUACUGGAUGCUCUCCAUGCAGUGCCUCGACAUAGCUCAAGACCCUGCCCAGAAGGAGGUGAUGCUCGGCAAGUUCCACCACUUCCAGCACCUGGCCGAGCUGUACCACGGCUACCAUGCCAUCCAGCGAUAUGUGGAGGAGCCGUUCAGCUUCCACCUUCCUGAGACGCUCUUCAACAUCUCCAGGUUCCUGCUUCACAGCCUGACCAAGGACACGCCCCUGGGUAUCUCCAAAGUGAACACGCUGUUCACCCUGGCCAAACAGAGCAAGGCCCUGGGCGCCUACAAGCUGGCCCGGCACGCCUACGACAAGCUGCAGGGCCUGCAGACCCCCGCCCGAUUCCAGAAGUCCAUCGAGCUGGGCAGCCUGACCAUCCGCUCCAAGCCCUUCCAUGACAGUGAGGAGCUGGUACCUCUGUGUUACCGCUGUUCCACCAACAACCCGCUGCUCAACAACCUGGGCAACGUCUGCAUCAACUGCCGCCAGCCCUUCGUCUUCUCCGCCUCUUCCUACGAGGUGCUGCACCUGGUUGAAUUCUACCUGGAGGAGGGGAUCACAGACGAAGAAGCCGUCUCCCUCAUUGACCUAGAGGCGCCAAGACUCAAGCGGGAGAACAAAUGGCAAGAGAUCACAAGCAACAAUGCCCAGACCCUGAGGCUGGAUGAGAGCAUGGACUCCGUGGGGGACGAUGACCCCUUCACGGCCAAGCUGAGCUUCGAGCAAGGUGGCUCGGAGUUCGUGCCCGUGGUGGUGAACCGCUCCGUGCUGCGCUCCAUGAGCCGGCGGGACGUCCUCAUCAAGCGUUGGCCGCCGCCCCUGCAGUGGCAGUACUUCCGCUCCCUGCUGCCUGACGCCGCCAUCACCAUGUGCCCCUCCUGCUUCCAGAUGUUCCACUCGGAGGACUAUGAGCUGCUGCUGCUUCAGCACACCUGCUGCCCCUACUGCCGGAGGCGUGCGGACGACCCCAGCCCCUGA